GUGUUGUUGCCUUCACUCACUGAGACAGAGACGAUCCAAGAUGCAGCAGCUCAUCCUGCCCGUUCUCCUCACAUCCUUCUGGACCGUGUGCACAGGAGCAGGGGAUUGGUGCUAUCAGACCCAGUUUACCUGUGAUCAUCAGUGCAACACACCGGAGAAGUGGAACCACGCCAACAACGCCUGUUCAGGAAAAUCCCAGUCACCCAUCAACGUCGUCACCAGGAAGACUUUGAAAGAUGAGCGUCUGACGCCUUUCCAGUUCACAAACUACCAGCAGAUCUUCAAAGGCACAAUCAAGAACAACGGGCACUCUGUUCAGGUAGGAGUUCCUCAUGUCAGCACCAUCUCAGGUGGAGGCCUGCCGACCACCUACAAGGCCGUUCAGUUCCACCUCCACUGGGGCACUAAUGGAGGGCCUGGCUCCGAACAUACCAUUGAUGGAGAGCAGUAUCCCAUGGAGCUGCACAUUGUUCACAUGAAGCAGGAUUACACUGAUCUGACAACAGCACUAUCAGACCCAGAAGGAGUUGCAGUCCUUGGGUUUUUCUAUGAGAGAUCCAAUAGUGGAAACCGAAAGUACGACCCCAUCAUCAACGCUCUGCAAAACAUCAAGACUACAAAUGCCAACACGUCUUUUUCUGGAGCCUCCCUGACACAGCUGAUCCCGUCUGAGCAGAAUCUGACCUCCUUCUACCGCUACAAGGGCUCUCUGACCACCCCCGGCUGCACUGAGGCUGUGAUCUGGACUUUGUUUGAGAAUCCCAUCCCUCUGAGUGUGGAACAGCUGAAGGCGUUUUCCGACCUCAAGUUCCACGAUGGAAAGCCGAUGGUGGGUACUUUCAGGCCGGUCCAGCCUCUGAACGGCCGGCAAGUGUUCCGGUCGGGAAGUGCGUUGAUCCUGGCCAGCUCCGCCCUCCUUGCUGCAGCCAUGGCCGCGGCGUUGGGACUGUCCCAACCGAACUAGAGCGAAGCAUCCCGUGCUGCACUGCAACGUCCAUGAACACAAUAAGUUCUGCAUCACUCUUCAGCUGAACCCCCGGUUUGUAACUUCGUCAUUGCAUGGUCGCUAAGAUGAUCGUCGACAUCGUAGUGCAGGCACGACUCACCUGGUGUUCUUCCCUUACGACGCAGAUGACAAAGGCGUUCAAGAAACGCCUUACGAAAGGCGCCGUGAGGGUUUGAUCAGCAUUCAUGCAUGCGUAUUGAAGAAGUAGGUCUUAAUUCAACUUUAUGAAUGUGCCAUAAAGCAGGAACCAAACACUCAAAGUGACAGCUGAAUUCAUCACUAGACCCUUUAGACAUGCCCCAAUUUUUCACAGUAUUAUCUAAUAAACACCAGCACGCACACACACUUCACACACAUCACUCCAAACCUAAUGCACCUUGUCCAAUGUCAGGUAAAUUUAGUCUCCACUAAUGUCAGAGUGAGUUGCCGAUGGUUUGCGCUCUGAGCGCCGCUGCCAGGCCCAUGACCCGGCACGUGAUGUGUUUGUUCUCAAUGGGGCAUGUGAACAGCGUGGAGCUAUUAAUAACAGAACUGAGUCAUAAAAACAGGCUCCAUUUCAAAGCCAGCGGUCAAAGGAGUCAGCAGUUUGGCUUUUCUCUCAAAGUCCAGGAGCACACGGCGCGGCCUUCAGGUGAACCCCUGGCAGCCACUCCAUCAGCAGUUGGUUCGGAAAAGGGAGGGGGAGGGAGGCGUGCUGUUCUGAGAGCAGAGCCGCAGCCUCUCUCCUCCCGGAGUCAGAAGCAACUGACACCGGAGACGAGAAAGAUGAAACUUCAGAGAUGCUAAUGCUAAUAGUGGAUCACAAAGUGAGUGACGGCUCAGGGAAGAAGGAGCAUCAGCAGCGCGAGGAGACGACAACACUUUUCAAAAUCAACCAGCAGCUACGGUGUCACUUCUCUUUUCAAACCAGCGCCACUAUUUUUCUCAAACACGCGCAUGGAUCCGCAUGUCUAGAUGUUCCAGAUGUUUAUUAUUCUGAGCUACAUGUACAAGGCUUGCCAAAUUCACACACACACACACACACACACACACACACACACACACACACACACACACACACCCACACACACACACAUACCAACGUCACUCCAUUCCCAUCGUUGACCUGUGAAGUUGAGUGAGCUUGUCUUGAGAACAUGUGACUGUGUUCAUGGCUUGUAUUACAGGGUGUCGGAUGCACUGAAUGUUAUCAACUGUGAAUUACACCCCACUGAGUUCUCACUCAUUUAUUCAGGAGGACUCGUCAUGUAUUCUAGUGAGAGAUCUGUGCAAUUUUCCAGCAAGAGUUAGUGAUGAUCGAGCAAGGAAUCUGUGUAUUUUCCAUUGUUUCAUAAGGCAUCAAGUUAUAUUUCUAUGCUGUGUCAUUGUACACAUGUAUUUAUGUAUUGAAUGUGUAUAUUGAUAUGAGACGCACAGUUAUUGUUAUUUAUGUAUUGCAAAGUUUAUAUAGUACUGAAUGCGCAUAUGAAGCAUCAAGUUGUUCAUGACCAAUCGAGUUUACUCAUGAUGUUCCAGUGUAUGAGAUUGUCAGGUUGUAAUGCUUGAAAAUAAUAUGGAGAAUGUGUUCCAACUGAACAAUAAACUACCUACAUGCCUUUUUAA